UGGCGGAUGAAUUCUUCCUUUUUUCAGUGAUGCCGCAGAACAUAGCGCUGCGGAGGUGGGAAAUGGGAUGGGAUGGAAUGUCCUUGCGCUUUGGGGUAUUGAGAGAAAAGCAGUCCCUGAUGUGAACAGUGGCGCUCUCAGUUGAAAGCAGAUUAGUGACGAGUACGUGCGAGAGGCAUAGUAGUAAGACUUAGCAUGCGAAAACAAUUGGAAUAAAUGGCGUCUUUUGAAAGGAUAACAUAUCGGCGAGUGCUGUAUUUUGCAGUAUUUAUUCCGAUUUCAGGUGUUUUGUGUUUUAGUGAGCUGUUUUUCAUCAAAGAGCCACACGACGUGAUGGUUUUGAGGAAGGACCCUGUGAUUUUGGACUGUCAAGCCCGUGGAGAAGUACCUGUGUCAAUGACGUGGCUCAAAAAUGGAGUAAAAGUUACAGAAAACGAGCGAGUAUAUGCCCUGUCCAAUGGCUCUCUUUACAUUGCAGAGGUGGAAAACCGAAGAGGAGACAAAUCCGAUGAAGGUUUCUACCAGUGUCUUGCACAAAACAAAUAUGGAGCCAUUUUGAGCCAAAAAGCCCGCCUUACUAUAGCAAGUAUCUCACCCUUUGAAGUCCAGCCAGUUUCUUCAGUGGUGGAGGAGGGUUCAGUGGCCAGAUUUACCUGCAAGAUCCAUGCCAACCCUCCACCAAUCAUCACAUGGGAGUUCAAUCGGACCAUACUGCCUCUGGCUACAAACAGGAUAACUGUGCUGCCCAAUGGAGUCCUGCAGAUCUAUGGAGUUAAUCAAGGAGAUGCUGGGAAUUAUCGCUGCGUGGCAACUAACAUUGCGAACCGUCGGAGGAGCAUAGAGGCAACACUGACUGUUACUUCAGUUCCAGAGCCAAGGCCGCCACAGAAGCCAAGAAUCAUCGCGGGGCCUCAGAACAUUACAACAACCCUGCAUCAGAGCGCCAUCUUGGAGUGUGUGGCCACUGGCAAUCCAAAGCCUAUCAUUUCAUGGAGCCGUCUAGACCACAAGUCGAUUGAUGUGUUCAACACACGUGUGUUGGGCAAUGGAAACCUGAUCAUCUCUGAUGUGAAGCUGCAGCAUGCUGGUGUGUAUGUGUGUCGGGCCACCACUCCAGGGACACGCAACUUCACUGUGGCCACUGCAGCGCUCGCUGUUCUAGCACCCCCUUCAUUUGUCGAGUGGCCAGAGAGUUUGACCAGGCCUCGCGCAGGAACUGCUCGGUUUGUUUGCCUGGCGGAAGGCAUACCGAACCCCAAGAUCACCUGGCUUAAAAAUGGGCUGAAGAUCCACUCCAAUGGAAGGAUCAAAAUGUACAACAGUAAAUUGGUUAUAAACCAAAUCAUUCCAGAAGAUGAUGCUAUUUAUCAGUGCAUGGCAGAGAAUGACCAGGGUUCCAUUCUGUCAAUGGCCAGGCUGAUUGUGGUCAUGUCUGAGGAUCGGCCAAGCACUCCAAGAAACGUCUGUCCUGAAACCGUGUCCAGCUCUGCUAUCCUGCUGGCCUGGGACAGACCUCUGUAUAACUCAGACAAAGUCAUUGCAUAUUCAGUGCAUUACAUGAAAGCAGAAGGUCUGAAUAAUGAAGAAUAUCAAGUGGUUAUUGGAAAUGAGACAACGCGCUACAUUAUUGAUGACUUGGAACCAGCCAGCAAUUACACAUUUUAUAUUGUAGCCUACAUGCCCAUGGGAGCCAGUCGCAUGUCAGACCAUGUCUCCCAGCACACUUUUGAGGAUGUUCCACUGCGGGCCCCUGAAAUCAGCCUGACUAGCCGCAGCCCCACUGACAUCCAGGUCUCCUGGCUUCCCAUUCCUGCGAAGUUUAGCCGAGGCCGCAUUGUGACGUACCGCCUCUCCUACCGCGUCAGCUCGGAGAGCGCCAUCAACACCCUCGAAAUUCCAGGAGCCAAGUCCAAGCACCUGAUUGAGGGCCUGGACCCUGACACCAUCUACCUGCUUCGUAUAGCGGCCGCCACAAAGAUAGGCUGGGGGGAGCAGUCUGUCUGGACUUCCCACAGAACCCCAAAAGCAUCCAGUGCUAAAGUACCCAUGGCUCCAGAGCUGCGUUUAGAGCCGUUAAACUGUACGACCAUCCUUGUGAGUUGGCAGCCCCCUCCAGUCAACACGGCCAACAUUCAGGGAUACAGACUGUUCUACUGGGAGGACAGCCAGCAAGAGAGCAUGCCCAUUCAGCUGCGUGCCCACGACUCGCACCGCACCAUUGGAGGCCUAGAUCCAAGAAAAAAGUACCAUGUGAAGUUGCUGGCCUACAGUUAUGCAGGUGAAGGAUAUCAAGCAGACCAGACUGUCAGCACCCCAGGAUGUGUGUCGGUUCGCGAUCGCAUGGUGCCCCCGCCACCUCCCCCUCACCACCUUUACGCGAAAGCCAACAGUUCAUCCUCCAUUUACCUCCACUGGGGAAGACCAGCCUUCACUCUGACUCAGCCAGUGAACUACACUGUUCGUUGUAACCCUGUAGGCCUGCAGAAUGCUUCCCUGGUUUUGUACCUUGAGACAUCGGAGCCGCACCUGCUGGUGAAAGACCUGGAGCCGUACACCGCGUAUGAGUUUGCAGUCCGCCUGCACGUUGAGCAGCUCUCCAGCCCCUGGAGCCCCGUGGUUUAUCACACCACCCUAUCAGAAGCUCCCUCUAGCCCCCCAUUGGGAGUGAAGGUGACUCUGAUAGAAGAUGACACGGCUCUCGUAUCCUGGAAACAGCCAGAUGAACCCAAUACAGUGGUGACUCGCUACACCAUCCUUUAUGCCUCCAGGAAAGCGUGGAUUGGUGGAGAGUGGCAAGUGCUUCAAAGAGAAGGAACUAUAACCAUGGCCUUGCUGGAGAACCUUCUUCCAGGAAAUGUCUACCUCAUUAAGAUAUCGGCAUCAAACGAAGUGGGAGAUGGGCCUUUUUCUAAUGCCGUGGAGCUCGCUGUCCAGUCAAAGGGAAUUCAGUCCAGUCAGAAACCUAAGCGCUCCGAUGGCAGCACAGAGGCCAGAGCUUACUCUGACGGCUUUUACCAUCUGGACCAGAAAUCAAUGACUGGGAUCAUUGUAGGAGUUUGCAUAGCCCUGACGUGUAUCAUGAUCUGCGUUCUCAUUCUGAUCUACCGGAGUAAGGCUAGGAAAUCAUCUGCUAGCAAGAUGGCCCAGCAGGGUAAUGGGCAGGUCCCCCAAGUUUCAGUGUCUUUGGCUAACGGAAGCCAAGCAGAGAGUGCCGAGUCCUUCAUGCCAGUGGUAUCAGAUAAUUUUAUUGAUGCAAAGGGUGGGACUGGUCUGAUCAUUAACAGUGCUGGGCCUGUGAACCUUAAACCAACAAAAAAGAAAUGGCUAUUCUUCACUUGUGAAGAUAAACCGAAUGCAAAGAAGGGCCAGGCACAGAGAAGGCUACAGACCCUGUGCUCCUACCAGCCAGGAAAUACCAUGCUGACCUAUGAGGAGGAGCCCCCCACUUCCCUCCAGGUUCUGUUUGGCCCCAUGUGUGACACAGAGCAUUCCAACAACAGCGAGGGAAGCCACGAAACAGGGGACUCUGGGAGAUACUCUCAUGAUGAAAUGGAAAUGACCCAACGUUCUUCUGUUGGCAGUAGCAGGGCUCCUUCGCUGGAGCCUUUCACAGGGAACGAAGAAGGCCUGGCCUGUGACGAGCCUAGCUCAGGUCCACCUCAUUUUUUUAUGGAAAUCCCGGCAUCCGCUUCCUCGCAACCCCAAAACGAGCAGUUUGCAACAUCUCUAGACGUGUUUCCUCUUUAACGAACAUGGGCAUCGGCGUCAUUUAUGCAUCUGUUUGGAAAGGACAAUGAGCAGGGAGACAAUGAUUCUGAGGCACAAACCUGGAUCAAACCUCAUCGGGCGCCAAUCUUUUUUGAGCUACUUUUUAUUUGUGAAUGUUUCUUUUUUUUAUAUAAAUAUAUAUUUUGUUGUUUUGUUUAACUCACCCACCUUGAAUGUUACAAAAGUGUCAAAUGUGAAAAAGGACUGUUACAUUUCUGACUUUAUUUAAAGAGUAUAUCACUGGAGCAAGAGGGAUCCAGUGAAAAACCCCUUUUGCUAAAUGUCUACCUCAGUUUACCUUGUGGUAAACGCCAACUAUUUAACAAUUACUUUGACCUAAGUUACGUAAUAGGUGACCUCAGUUACGUAACAGCUAUUACUUCCUCGUAGCAAUAUUUCUUUUUUUGUUGUUGCUAUAAAUAGUGUGUGUGUUUUGCUUAUGCUCCUUUUCCCAUUCUGAAGUAAGGGAUUGUAAGGUGCAAAAAUAUUUGCUUAAAGCUUAGAUUUUUUUUUUUUUUAAACAAGAAAACCAAUGUAAGUGAAGUAUUUACUUUUAAAACUGACCUGUAUGUAUGAGUUCACACAAACUCACACCUAUUUACAUUCAGUUUUCUUUGAUGCUAUAUGAAACUUCUAUCAGGAUGAACGCUUCCAUCUUCCUCUGCAAAAUGACUUUGCUAGGCAGGGUUGCAUUCAUUUUAAAAGCCAUACAUCUUAAUAUUUCCUUGCCAGACACACUUUUUUGAUUUACUUUGUUGUAGUAUCUUUACAGUUUCCAUUACUAAAUUACGGUACUUUUUUAUAAUUUAUUUAAUUGGUUUAUUUUGGGGAAAAAAAUGUCUGAGCUUUAGGAAUACUGUUAAUUUUGGUUACGAUAUGGUAAGUUUCCCUUACAAUCCCUGUUUUUAUACUACCUCCUUCUAAAUGUAUUGUGUAGUAUUACUCUUCCUAAACUCAGGGAACAAUGUGUAUUACAUUUGAAUUGCCAUGGAAUUAUUAUUAUUUUUUUUUUUGUAUGUGGCAAACUGACAGGGUAUCUUUGUAGAACUUAUUAUUGUAGGAUAUAGUUACCGGCAAUCUAAAGGGAUGCAACUGUUUCACUAGAAUUACGUGCCAGUAAUUGUUCACAGCUUUGUGACGUGAACCUUAAACCAAUUACCUUUCCCUGUCACUUUGACGUAAGACUCCGGCUUUAUUAUUAUUAUUAUUAUUAUUAUUAUUAUUAUUAGUGUUUUUUUUUUGUUUUUUUUUUUAGGUCUAAAUUAAUUAUUUUUGAUAGGGUAGCUACUAACAAUGUAUAUUUGUGUACUGAUGAAUUCGGUAAACAAUGUUUUUAAAGCUUUAAAACUACCUGUAAUGUUAAGAGACUUUAGAAUAAUUAAAUACCAAAAAUGUACUUGAAUCAAAACAGUAGUUCCUAACCAAACUGAGUUAUAGAAAUGAACUCUUAACAAAAGGUAGUGAAAUAUAAAUGAAUAAGAAUUGCUGAGAACUCCAAAACGAGAAAACGGAACUCGCGUUUUUGUCUCCAAAGAUCUAUUUUUGUCGGCUUCAUAGUUCUACUGAGUACUCCCUUGUAGUUUUUUAUUCUAAAAGUAAUUGUAUCCUUCUAGAAUAGGAUUAUCCCAUCAGUUUAGCACUUGUCUUUCAGAUGAGUGUCAUAUUUUCUAGAAGAAAUCGUUCAAUAUGUAAUGGUGGCAGACGCUAUUAUCCAAAGAGUUGUUUGCUUUAUCGGUUGAUUUAUAUUUUUUAGCUCUUCCAUGGAAUAAUAUGAUGAGUAAUCAUCUUGCUAGACCAAAGAUCAAAUAAACCAUGAUUCCUGAGGUUCGGCUAAGACACUGCUUUCAGUACAACGUGACCCUGUGGACAUAGAUAUGACCUCAUUAUUUACCAAAUAUGUUGGGACUGUAGAUGCUUUUAUAAAUUGAGCAAUAAUACCUAACCAAACAGUCCUUUUGAAAAUGAAUUUCCUUUGAGAUGUCUGUGGUGAUAACAGGAUUUAUUGUAAGUGACAAAUUAUAUACAGAAUUCUAUAAAUAUAUAUAUAUUUCUCAUUCUGCUGUUUGACAGAUUUCUAAGGUCUUCUAAUACCUAAAGGAUAUGCUUUUGUAUAGAAAGUUUCACAAUCCAGUUACUUUUCUUUCUUUUAAAAAAGCAAACGAUACAUACCAAAGAUUCCCUAAUGUUACCUUUGCAUAUUGGAUUCAGAUUUCUAUAGUUUGUGGAAUUUUGCAUGCAUUGUGUCUUUUUUUUUUAAAAUGAUUUAUUUUAGUGCUAUAAUGUGACCUGAAUAUGGGGGAAAUUCCUAGACUGAGAAUCGAGAUGAAAGUUGGUAUCUUUUAUAUGAAAUAAUAAUAAUUUCUAAAAGUUAAGCUUUGACAUUAAUUUUAGAAACUACUGGUUUUUCAAGGGCUUAGUAAAUUAGAAAUUGACAGUGAACCGUUGGCAUUUCAAGGGUGCCAAAUAUAGACAGCAAAUGCUUACCACUGCUGUCCAGUCACUUACCCACCCAGGAAAGUACCAACUAUAUCUUUUGAUUUUUACACAGACGGGAGGCCCCAGAAAGCAGUGCAAAUGGUAUAUCUGCGAAGAAUGUGUCUUUUUAUAUGAGCAGUAAUCUGGAAUUCUGUGUUAAACUGUCUGAAUUGCUAUUGUAUUUGGAAAUGUUUUGUGAAUUAUUAUAUUAUUAGUUGGCUAGUGUGAUGUUAUGCAUAUACACAACCAGCGUUUAUUGUAAACCGCCUUGUGGUGAGAUGGUAGUUGUGAUGCUUUGUCCUGCCAGUUUCAGUCUGUACACCAUUUCACACUGCUGGAAUGAGGAAAAUUCAUUCAAGAUGUUCUUCGGGUCUUUUCUUGUAAGUUUAAUUGUGCUUACAUCCAAGGCUCCCCUGUUUUGUUAUAUAGCUGGUUCAUUUCCCAGUAUUUGUUAAUCGUUUACAACUGCCUGCAACAGCGUCUUCCAUUUUAAAACUGAAAGUGGUAGUAAAAGUUUGUGUCUCAAGCGUCCUCAAGCGUUUAAAACACUGUUUAGGUUUAAUUACACUGUUGUGAAAUGACACUUGAUUACAUAGUGAUGUAUAGUCAUGUCUGUAAACUGAGCAGUGUUUGUCAUGUUCUUGUGAAGCUCACUGGCACAUGAAUAAGAUUUGGUUGGGCAUUCCCAUCAUCGCAUGAACGGUGUCGCCUGGAUGCGAUGUGGCCUAUAAAAAUUGUAUUUUCUGUUUUUAAUGAAUAGAUUGAACUAUCCUCAUUCCAGCUGAAGUUUGUAAAAAGAAAAUUGGCAGGUGAUAUAUCAUUGAAUGCAGACAUUACAUACAGCCAGUGUUAAGCGGGGGAGAGAGAGAAUUUAAUCCCGCUCCUUUUGGGUUUGUUUUCAACAUUAAAAUGUGUUACUGUUACUUUUAAGAUGUGAAUUAAAAAAGGGGGGUGGGGGAUGAAGUGGAGGGGCCAGUUUGGCAUUAAGAUAAUCUCAGGUGUUCUGGCUUCUCUUGACUUCAGCUGCCAUGUUCCUGUUACAGGCCGUGUUGACUUCCUCAACAGUGGAAGGUGGAGCUGCAUUAUUUUAUUAUUCAAUUUCACUCAGGGGAUCAGCUCUGUCCUUCCCAUUGCUGAGUAAAAAUGCAUGGCACUUUUUUUUUUUUUUUUGUAAAGUAUUGAUGUUUUUUUAAGCUUUUUUUUUUAUAUAUAUAUAUAUAUAUAUAUAUAUAUAUAUCUACAAAAAUGUUUACAGUCUAGUUGUCUUCAGGUGAAUGUUGACUGUAAUACUCCGAAGCUCAUGCCAAAAAAAAUUUAAUAUUAAAAAGCCAAAAUGUUCUAAAACUGUUAUUAAAUGUCCAAAUAUGAAUUAAUUGCACAGUUUAAAAUAAAAAUGUUUAUUACAAA